UUCCAGAAUGUCUUCCCCGCCUCCCCUGGCCACCUGCCCAGCCCAGCCUUCCCUCUCAAGGUACUUGUCCUGUGACUUUAUUUGAUGCACAAGGACCCUUGACAGCUCCCCCAUUCCUUCUUCCUUCGGUCUGCCAUUUCCUUGGAUUGCUCAAUUGCUCCCUGGCAGGCACACAAACUCCACAGCAGGUGGGAGCGUGAUGGCAGCCCUGGCCCUGCAGCUGAUUGGGCUGGCACUAUCUAUCCUGGGCUGGCUGGGCUCUAUUUUGGCCUGUGCUUUACCCAUGUGGAAGGUGACAGCUUUCAUUGGAUCCAACAUCAUUGUGGCACAGGUCUUCUGGGAGGGGCUGUGGAUGAACUGUGUUUAUGAAAGCACUGGUCAGAUGCAAUGUAAGGUCUAUGACUCACUACUUGACCUACCAGCAGACCUACAAACUGCCCGUGCCUUGGCGGUGGUCUCCAUCGCCAUGUCUUUCCUGGCUCUCCUUAUUGCCGUCUCUGGAGCAAGUUGCACCCGCUUCAUAGAAGACCCAUGUACCAAGGCCAAAGUUUUGAUGAUAGCUGGUGUGGUGUUCAUCCUAGCUGGAGUGGCGCUCCUCUUUCCUGUCUCCUGGUCAGCAAGGAACAUUGUGAGCAACUUCUAUAACCCACUUGUUCCCGAGGCCCUGAAGAGAGAGCUGGGUAUUUCACUUUACAUAGGUUGGGCAGCUAGUGCCUUCCUGAUCCUUGGUGGAGGCACAUUCUGUUGCUUCGUUCCUCCAAAGGAGGACAAUAAAUCCUAUCCAAUGAAAUACUGGGCAGGAAGACACCCUUCCUCGAGCAGCUAUGCUCGCAAAGACUAUGUGUGACCCUGCUGGAAAAGCUACCCCCAGACACACCUUACUUCAAGCCUUGAGAAAGAAGGAUCGGCUGGCGAAAAGAACUCACCUGAUGCAAUAAUGCCACAGAAUAUAAAUCUUGCGAUGCCAAACGCCUGUCAGGCCUGUCUACAUGGAGAACACAUUGACAUGACAUAUGACACCAAGAGAAAGUUCACUCUAGCCAUUUGUAAGAUUUUUAUUUGACAAAGAAGCAUUAUUUUUUUGUGAUAUGUGACAGUUUGCUCAAGUGAGUGCUAAAAGCUGUGGUUUGAUGACAUGCCAAGAAUUGUAUCAGAAAGAUGAGUUAACUCCGGCUUUGGCAACAUUUUUUUGGUCCAGUAGGCAUAAAUUUAAGAGCGUGAGGUAACGUCCACCAGCCAUUUUCCUUGUUGUGAGAUGGGGAAGAGACUUGAGGAGGAGGGAGUUUUGAUGGAUGUCUAGACUGGGGGAUUUAGCUAUCAGUCAAAAAAUGUUCCUAAUUUUACACAAAUGUUUUGCAUGAGUGAGGUCAAAAUAAACCUAAUAGCUGAAAGGGGGGGGACAUUUUGAAGUUGGGAGGGGCAGAUAGAGAGGUAUUCUACUUGGUCACAUAGUUCCCCUCAUCUCUUUGUUCAGUUUUAGAUGGGCUUCUUUGAAGAAGCACUCAACCCGCUCCUAACCCCACCUAACCAAUGUGAUGUUGAAGAGACAUUGAAAAUCUAGCCAAUUUUUAGAACUGCCAACCAUCUCCCAAUAGCUGAUAUAGGAUCACACGUUCAAAAUCAGCCCUCCAAAGUGUGCAAAAGUAAGAACCUCAUUUGAAAUAACUGGAAUUACUUCUGGCCCAAACUGGAAAAUAGCACCAGUGACCUGUAGGGAAAGGGCAUGCUCAAAGCAGCCCCUUAGGGGUCACCUGAUUGUGCCAAUAGCAAAAUGGUUAGUGAAGCAAAGCAGAUCGUACCUACAAGUAGUCCUCAAUUUACAACCAUUGGUUUAGCAAUUGUGUUAAAAGAAAGGGAUUUACAAGCAGUUCUCACAAUUAUGAUUGUCGCAGCCGCCCUGCAGUCACUUGAUCAAAAUUCAGGCACUGGCAUUUAUGCAGUUGCAGCAUCCCAGGGGCACGUGAUCACCUUUUGCAACCUUUUGCAAGGGAGUUUCUGGCAAGCAAAGUCAACAGGGAAGCCAGAUUCGCUUAAAGUCUGCAGCAAAUAAGAGCAUGAAAGUGAGUUUGACUUAUUUUACAGCUGACUCACUCAGCAAUGGAAGUUCUGGCUCCAACUGGGAUCAUACAUUGAGGAUUACCUGUAUCAAAAUAGCCACAGGUUGCUGCCUGACUAAGAGGAAAAGCAGUACUUAAACAUAGGGACAGCUAAAAGCAAAUUUAAAGCUGCUCCAGGUAUGGUUUGGGGAAUGAGUUGAAGACAAUAUCGGGAGGUUAUGGCAGAAAAAAGGGGUUGUUGGGAUAUAUUUGCCCCACAGGUUAGAUGCAGGUAGAAAAUGACCUCACUAUGGAAAAAGCUGCUCAAGUGUAAAAAAAAAAAAUCUAGUGGAGAAAGGAUGAUAUUGAAAAAUGUUAUUGGAUCAGAUCAAAGGUCUAUUUAUCUAUGGCAGGAUAGUAUCUGUUUUCCUUUAAAACAAAUAUGACUUAUCAAAUAAUUUGUUGUGAGAGCAACCCAUCCACCCAAUUCAGAAUCUCCCAUCCUAGUCAUCCUUCUGACCUGCUCUUCUUGUAUACUUCGCUUCAAAUCUUUCUUCUGAUCAGGAGUUGGUGUUUUGCAGACGUCCCCUUAUUGUCAGAAUCCAACAAGAUUUGCAUAAAACCUGUUUCUUUGCCUCCUCAGUUAGGUUCGCUGUGCAUCAAAGGGACGUGUGAUCUACCUUGUGCACUUUGAUAUUUUAAAACAGUUACGAAUGGAAAAGAAUAAGCGGAAGUUUAAAUGCCUCAUAAAGUAGGCACAAACUGAAGCUAGAAUGACGGUUACUUUUUAAAUGAAACCAACGUUGAAGUAAUAUUGUCUCAAGAGGAGGAAAUCGUUUCUAGAGGGGAGUUCAACUGGCUAAGAACUUCCUUAAAGGAAUUUUCAUCCAGUUGCACAAGCAAUUCUAAUUGUGUGAGAAAGGCUAUAUUUAUCCAGACCUUCGUUAAAAGUGUGCAUCCAUUGUUCUGUGGAAGUCAAGUUAUGUUGGCAGAAAGCAGGACAUCUGUACUGUACAUAAGGGGGUGUACCUCUAUGAGACUGAAAGCCACCCUUGGCCUGUAAGCAGAAUGUGCAGGAAGGGAAGGAAUGCAUGCCGAAACAUGGGGAAGGCCAGGACAAAAAUUAAAUUAGAUUGAAUGUUAAUUUAAAAAGUGAUUAAACAAAUUGCACUUUCCUUGUAUUUAAUGCUCUCUCCAUUCCCAUCGUAUUGGCAACAACUUGAAGUUUGCAGUGCCUUAAAUUUGUAUAUUAGACUCUGUUCGCCAAACAUUUUGAUUGCAGUUACUGAAUUGACCCAUUUUCUGAAAUCUGUACCUAAGAAAAUUCUCAUAGUUUUAACCGGGUUAAAUGAUGCAUCAUAGGGCAAAACCUUUUGAACCAAAGGCACCUCAAAUGGAGUAACUUACAGAAUGCAUCCGAAAUCUGGGAUCCAUGACAUCCGUGGAACUAAAAUUUGGCAAAUUUUAUAAAACGUUUUGUGACAUAAAAACGUCAUAAAGCAUUUUAGCACACAAUACAAAAUGUCAUAAACAUUCUUCUGUGGUCCACUUUGGAUGCUUGGCUAUAGCACAGUUAACAUGGAAUACUUUCAAGGCAAAUACAGCUCGACUGACAACAGUUCAUUUAGUGACGUUCAAAGUUACAACAGCAUUGAAAGAGUGACUUGAGACUGGUCAUGUGAUCAAAAUUCAGACGCUUGGCAA